UAUAUAAAACUAAAAAUCUAAAUCUAAAAUGGGCCCCCGUGGCAUUUAGUAGCUUGGAAAAAAAAAUGUUACAAUGAAACCUAGAUACCUACAUACUGGGUAGUAUGUCACGAAAUUCUAAAUAGUAUAUAGGCUUGUGAUAAUAAACAUUUCACUUUUUUUUUUCUUUUUUUUUUCACUUUUAAGCAGCAAUAACAGCUUAUAAUAUUUACAACUUUACAUCGUAAUGACUUAAGACGAUUAACGGCCGUUUUUGUACAAAGUAACCAUAAGAUCGGCAAACUUUUGUUAGUUCCAAAAGCUAAAUUCGACAAUAAUUAUGAUCGCUUUCAUGACAACGCUUUCACCGCUACUUGUCGCAACGUUCACGCCGACACCCGAGCGAGUUAAUUUUCCAAACUUCAUACUAAUCCAGUUACAAUAUGAUAAACCCAAUUUUCAACACGGUUGCCACACCGACUACAUAAAACGGUUGUAAUCAGUUUUUUCGUACCAAAUAUAAACAUUAAACAGUUGAACCAGUAGUAACCGACCGAUGGACGUUGCAGGCGUUAUUUUUAGUCGGACUGCGAACCAGUCGGGUGCGCGCUCCGCCGCCAGUCGCAGCGCGCUAUUCUCCCAUUCGGUCGUGCCUGUGUUACAGUGAAAUUAAAAAUAAAAACCAGAAUAAAACAAGGUUAAAGAAGCUUGGAUGUGCUGGCUGGAACCCAGUUAAAUUACUUACCAGCCAGCACAAUCAGCUUCCAAGAUCACGUAUUACAAACAGCCAGUGUUAUGAGUUGACAAAAAAAUCACCAAAAGUGACCAAAUGGAUUAACUCACGAAUUCGAACAAAGUGACUAUUCCGAUAUAAAAAAACAACGAUUCGACAAUGAAACGAAGAAAGACAGAGUGCUAAUAAUGAUAGGACUUUCGUCUAAUCAUUUAAGAUGUUAGACGUGUUUCGCGGUCUAAAGAAUCUCAUAAAAGUGAACUAUGUACAUAUCGACUCCCCAGUGUUUCGUCUACACUAUUCUAUAACAGUUAUCUUACUUAUAUCGUUUAGUUUGAUUGUGACUACGAGACAAUACGUAGGUAACCCCAUAGACUGUAUACACACUAAGGAUAUACCUGAAGACGUCUUGAACACCUACUGUUGGAUCCAUUCGACGUAUACUUUGAAGAGUUUUUUCAACAAGAAGGUGGGAGUGGAAGUGCCGUAUCCUGGGAUUGGCAACAGUCGGGAGAAGGGCAGGGAAGAUAUGAGUGACAGGAAGAUUUACAAAUACUACCAAUGGGUGUGUUUCUGUCUGUUUUUUCAGGCCAUGCUGUUCUACGCCCCCCGCUGGCUGUGGAAGUCCUGGGAGGGUGGCAAGAUCCGCGCCCUCAUGAUGGACCUGGACGUGGGUGUGUGCACCGAGAUCGAGAAGAAGACCAAGAAGAAGCUCAUCCUGGACUACCUGUGGGAGAACCUGCGGUAUCACAACUGGUGGGCCUACCGGUACUACCUGUGCGAGGGACUCGCUCUUGUCAAUGUUAUAGGGCAAAUGUUCCUGAUGAACCGCUUCUUCGAUGGCGAGUUCAUGGCGUUCGGCCUCAACGUCAUCGAGUACAUGGAGUCCGACCAGGAGGACCGCGUGGACCCCAUGAUCUAUGUGUUCCCAAGGAUGGUAAAGUGCACGCUGUUCAACAAGUUCGGCUCCUCGGGCGAGGUGGAGAGGCACGACGCUCUCUGCAUCCUGCCCCUCAACGUCGUCAACGAGAAGAUCUACGUCUUCCUCUGGUUCUGGUUCGUGAUCCUCGGCAUCCUCACCUUCAUCACACUCCUCUACCGCCUUGUCAUCAUCUUCUCUCCGCGCAUGAGGGUCUACAUGAUGCGCAUGCGCUUCAGGCUCGUCAGGCGGGACAACGUCGACACUAUCGUCCGCAGAUCCAAGAUGGGAGACUGGUAUCUACUGUACAUCCUUGGAGAGAACUUGGACUCUGUGAUUUUCAGGGAUAUCAUGCACGAGUUUGCUAACAAGCUAAACCACAACUAUCAGCAUCAUAUCCAUGGGGUUCCUGACGCGUGACCGCCGAUACCAGGGUGGGUUUUCCACACCUGACUAACGUCGCUACAGCGGGACAUGGAGCCCCCUGUAUAAACUGACUUUGAAGUGCAAAGUGAAAGUGAUCUCACGGUACUGGCCUAAUAGUGUAGAGACUAGGACCCUAUAGCUUACCGUCUUCGGAUCAUUCGCUGUCGUACUUAGUAGUGAACCGACAAUAUGAUUUAAUCGUAGUCGGAUCCCUUUAGUGGAUCCUCAAUAUUGCCGACUCAACACUCUACCACGAGCGUGCCGUAGGAGUGACAAGGACAGUUUUAUACGUGUGAGAAAGACGCGGGAAGUGUUAGUUCGUGUUGGCAGCUCGUUUAACGUGAUUGGUGUAGUAUUUUUGAGUCUGGGUGAAAACGUUGAACGCUUUAGGCCUGUCAUGAUAAACUUCUAGUUUGUAUCUGAAUAGGUUCAGGUUCUAAAUCAACAUUUUCAUAAGCAGACCUCGCGGAGUCCUUUCCGCACGGACCAUGGCACUGUCAUCAUUCGUUACUAAAAGGCAGCUACUUAAUUUUAAAACAUGGCCAAAGCCAUUACUCUAUCUAUGGAAGUCUUGUACAUAAAGAUAGCUGUGUUUUAGUAAAGGGACCUUUAACUAAGCUUUUUUGUAUUGUAGCUACUCUUAAGCACUUUUCAAGCUUCUUUACAGACCAAUAAAAAGCCAUAAUUAAAGGAUCCAAUAUGUAGUUAUAGUUCGGAUAAUUAAAGUGAAUUAGUUUACAACGAGGCAAAGUCCAGUGUGUACACGGCAUGCCGCGAUUUCCUCUAUUGUGCGGCAAAGCCGAAUGUUUCUAUCGAUUCUAAAUUAUAGUAAUUAUGUUUUUGGGUAUUUGGUGUGGCUUGAAAGACUUUAUGACCAACUCUAAACUGAAUGAUUUAGAGAAACAAUUUUUUAUUAGAUCUGUGGAAGAAAAUAACGGUAAAGGUGAAAUUCCAGUGCGCUAAAGCUAGGUACUCAAGCAGGCCACUAUAAUGUGGCAUUUAUAAAGCUGGUGCCUAUAUUCAUUAGACAAUAAAGAUACAAUUAAUCCAUACAAUUAAUCCUCAAACACUCAAACGCAAAGGAAAUUACUAAAAAGAGAACUUUGUAGUUGAACCCAAAGUCCUAAUUCAUAGAUUGACGGGAUUUUGUCUCGCUGUAAGAACAUUAGAUUUGACGUCCUGGACGAAAAUGGAGCAAAAGACAAAAAAAAAAUACAGUUUAUGGUGCUGCUUUGGACUUUUUGAAAUAUUAGGGAUUAGACAAUAAAAAAUAAUCAAUUUAAAGAGCAUUCCACCCGAGUGUCGCUUACGAACGGAACUCGGAACGGAAAAGAUUUUCAGCUACUAAAAAUAAAAAAGCAAACCAAAUCCCUGCUCCUUAAAGUUCUUAGUCAAAUUAAACGCGAAGUGUAAGCGACGCGUUAGCGACGCGUAAGCGACGCGUAAGCGACUCAUAAGCGAUGCUAGUGGAAUCCCCUUUAGACCAUAGUUAGGUGAUUAGUUGGAUUUAGGUAUAACAUGGGGUUUACUGGGUAUCCGUUCAUUAGUAAUUGUUCAAAUAUAUUAACGUAGAAUAGUAUUUCAAUCAAUUAUAUAUACAGCAUACGCUUGAUAACCAUCCAAACCAAAGAAUAUAGAAUGUGCCAAAAAGUCCAAAUAACAUCAAUAUAGAAACUACACUUGAAAGCAAUAAAAACAGGCUGAAGCUUGUCUAAAACACCUGUUUUUAUUGCGUUUGACUUUAUUAGACUAAAGGGUAAUGUAAAAAGCUUGUAAACAUGAAUAGCCAUAGAUUAGAUUUGAAUCCAAGCUUUGCCAACUCUUGUAGUUCCAAAAAUCUUGAAAUGAACGGUCUGACGCACCAUACCGCUAUAUAUUACCAAAAUAAGACUACUUUUUUAUUAAGGGUGUUCAAAACGUCAGGAGAAAUAAAAGGAUUCUUUCUUAAUUUUACAUUCUUUACGCAAAAAGCUCCAUUUUGUUAAAAUAAUGCGCGAAUUAUUGUUUAACCCUUUAAGGUGCAAAAAAAUACCGAGGUAUUGGGGGUUCUAGCCUCCUUGAUGCUCGAUUGUCCUAAUGAUUAUGGUUGGGGAAAAAUGCAAAAAGAGGGUUAAAAGUAUUUUAUGUUCAUAUUUAUAUACGUAGGUUAUCCUACAUUGCGAAUUAAAGGGUUAAACGAAGCAGUCUGUAUUAAAUACCAAAAUGACAGCCAACGAAAGAAAUGUUUCAGAACAUGUGGUAACAAAAAGUGUAGGCUACUAUAACUCUGUAUCUUUAGGUAUUUAAAUAAGAGUAAACAAACAAUUUGUAAAUUUUCGGGUAGUGAUUUAUUUAUUAUUUAAUUUAAUCGUAUGGCGAUAUUGUCAAAUAGGCAAAGAUUAUAAGGCAACAUCCAGGUUAUGCAGCCACUGCACAGUUUCGGGCGUCAGGUUGAUGAGAUCAUCUGGUAGGCGCGGAGAGGACAUCUCCGAAUGAUGUGCUCCAUGGUUUGGUCUUCGAUGCCACAAUCACACAGCGCGGAGUCGGUCCAUCCCCAUUUGUGGCGGAAAAAGUUACAUCGUCCGUGUCCAGUUCUUAGGCGAUUCAGUCGGCACCAUUGCUUCCUAGGGAGGUCUAUUCCCUUAUACUUGGUCGUUGGGUCAAUAUUCACGGCCGAAGUUUCAGCUUGGUUCAUCCAAUCUUGUUUCCAUAGCUGAUCGGUGUCAAAGGUCUCCUUAGAAAGUUUUGCAGCCGCUGCAUAGACUGGCCGUCGGGACUUGAGUCUCGCUGCAGGUGGGUUGGUAAACUCUGGGUGAAGUGGGAGCGUGGGGCAGCAUCUGAUUUUUUCUGCUUCCCUCAACAGUGCAGGGUAGUUAUAACAUUUAUUGAUUAACCAUCUAAAUACAAAACCGCCCGGAUCAGUCACUGAACGACCUGACUUUAACCUACAUUAUUUGAUCAUGUAAUGUUUUCAUCAGAUGAGGGUAGAUUUUGUUUACUUUUAUUUAAAUACCUAUAGAUACAGAGUAUAUGUAUGGACAGCAUUUCGGGAAUUUUGUUUAAUAUAAAUAAUAGUUAAGAACUUGAAUCGUUGACCUAUUCGGGUUAGGUUAGGUACAUUGAUUUGUUACUAUAAGUAUUGAACAACCGAAUUAACCCCAAAUGAGUACCGUAAAAUGUGUACUUUGCUUGCCACUGGGUAAUUGUUCUUCAACAGUUUUUUUUUAAUGUUACGAAAUGAUAACUACUAUCAUGUCUACAUAAAAUCGGCAUAUAUCUGAAUCACGUCUAACUGUACAAUGUACAGUCAGCAUCAAUAGUAGCGGAUGAAACAACGCGCCAAAAGUAUCUGAUAUUCCGGAUAACAUUUCUAAAUACAGAUAAAUCACUAAAAUUAACGUUCCUAAGUAUAUCUUUUACGGUCUUAAUUGUUCUGCAUAUAGAACCAUCACUUUAUGUUAAGCUUUUACUGAAUGGCAGAUACUUUUGACACCUUGUUUGAUCCGCUACUUUUGAUGCUGACUGUACAGCAAGCUGCAAAAUUGUGUGAACGCAUUAUGAAAGAAAUUCAUUCAUAAAGUGGGUAAGCACUAUAUCAACAUACCUACUAAUAUAAUAAUUUGAAAGUUAAAUUAAAGUUCGAAGUUUGGAGCAAAGUAGACAUAUUUUACGGUAAGCAAUUAAAGUCCAUCGGUCGGCCUUAAACAGUCGCUGAACACUAAGCUGUACUGCCUUCGGUGUCCGUCCGUCUGUUCGUCUCUCGGCGAGUAUCUCUGGACCGUUAUAGGUUAGUGUUUUAAACACAGUGUUUUCUACAAUACCAAUCAGUAUAAUUACAGCUUGAUGCGACAGUAGGAAUAAAUUGCUCACAAAUAUUUGAACAUACAUACAUGUUUUCGACGUCAUGAUCUCUGGCAACCCCACAUUACAUUUUGGCAUUUUUUUACUAUAUGGGGAUUUUUAGUCAACAAUGAGGUCAAUGAGUAUUACUUAAUUUCUACUUAAUAGAAAAAAAAUGUAGCACUUCAGUUUGAGAGUAAAAGGAAAAUGAAAUUGGGGUUGCUGUAGAGUAUCUCUCCAGCAACCCCAAAUUCCACCAAACUAGAGAUAGCGAAACUGGAAAAAUUAGUACUUACAAUUUUAUUCUCAAAUUAGUAAGUAUAGUAUAGUUCAAUACCUACCUACCUAUCUACCUACCAAUACAUUAUACUCCACACUAAACAGCUAUAGUUUUUUUUUUCAAGUUAAUAGUAACUAAGUACCAAUUGUGUACUAGAUCCUUAAAUAAUAAAAAUGCCAUAACGCAAUGUGGGGUUGUCAGAGAGCAUGUCGUUCUCGAGCACCUUGCCCGCACCCACAUGUCUGUUAGGGACUGUUCAUGAUUGUCAAUGGAUCUUAGCCAGCGAUUUUUGAAGCCGACUGUAGUCGCCAGCAGAUAUAUCGGGGCUACCGAGGUGCUGUGUCGAACUCGCAUUGUAACGCUUUGAUAAUAAAGGCGUGUUCAGAUAUUUGUGAGCAUCUUGCCCGCAUAUAUGUGAUGGUGGUGGUGUCUGUACCACAAGAGCUCGGAAAAUCGUCCCUAGAUCGCUUCGGAAGUUGUUCUUAGCACUGCCAAUUAUUAAUAAUUAAUGACAGUUAAAUAAGUAAAUAAUUAAUAAUAACAGGAUGUAAUAAUUAUACUUUUAUAUUUAUUUUUCUCCUGCACUGUACUUACGUUUAGUUCGGAAGGAGUCUGUUCAAAUGUCGCAUACUUAAAUACAGAUCAAAUAUAUAUUAAACAGAUUUAAAUCAAA